CUAAGGGGAAAGGGUUAAGCGGGGCUGGCGCUCCUGUGGGCGGGCUCCUCGAUCGGCUGCGCCGGGCUCUGUUAGCCAAGUCUGAGCAUCUCGGAGGAUGCGGAGCGGCGAGCGGCUUCAGGGACGCGCGCAAGGUGAACGCGGGGGCUGCCAGCUCGGCGCCCAGGCUCAUCCCGUGAGGACUGGAAGCUGAAAGCUCCAGGCUCAGGCAUCUGUGGACCAUGGCCUGGAACCAACAGGGCUGUGUGUAUGGCCUCCUGCUGCUGUUGCUGCUGCUGUCCCUGGGGUCUGACUCUGCCCUUGGCUGGGGCCUGCCCAGGCCACUGGAGGACUCAGAACCGCACUUGAUCCCGGAAGCCCAGCCCAAGGGGUCUGUUGGUCCAGAGCCCUGGGCCUUCGACUUCCUCUGGGAGAAGCCCAGAGAUGAGAGUCCCUGGAACUCCAGUGGCCCCCAGAGCUCUGCUGAGAAGGGGCCUGAGGGGCCUGCAGACUCCCUUGGCCUAGCCCUGCAUGGACCUAAAGCAGCCCAUGGGGCUCAGAGAGAAGGACUCCCAGGACCUGAUGACAUCCAGGUGGCUCGAGGGCUAAGUUCUCAGGGCUGGACAGGACCUCCUGACUCACAGGAGCCUUCGGAGCAAGAAGCACCAGCUCCCUAUCCAGUGGGCGCCCCUCAUCUCACUUCCAUCCCCACAACUCCCAGACUCCAGCUCAGGAUGGCCACAGUUCCUCCCACCCCAGGACAGCCUGAAGGCCCAGUGGGACAGCAGCCACCUAGAGAUGAGGGUCUGGUGGCCAAAGCCAAGACCAGGGUCUCAAAGACAUCCCCCCGGGACCACAGGGGCCCUCCCCACACUCUUGUGCCUCACGUAGGCCCUAUCAUGAGGCCCGUACUGGAGGAGCAGGGUGGGGGUAAGGACUUCCAGGAGACAGCUCAAGGUCCCCUGCUCAGCCAGCAGGAUCCAGCAGCCCCUGCUGUUGGCCCAGUCUCCCCAGCUGAGGGGGCAUCCUCGCAGGAGCCUGGGUCCCAGCCAGACCUGGCGUUGGCCAGAAGCCUUCCUCCUGCUGAGGAGCUGCCCAUGGAGCUCCCUAAGAAGGCUGGGGCUGGGGAGGCCUGGGGAGUCAGUGUUUCAAGUCCCUCACCCAAAGAGGUUGACCUCCCUGGUGUUAGGGGCUCCCCAGGCCCCCUGCCCUCAGAUCUCCCUGCCUCUGAGACUCCUGAUGGGCAGCCCAAGCCAGAAGUAGCAGCAAUGAACGGAGCAGAACCCAUCUCCCCCCAGCGGGUGAGAGGAGCAGUGGAGACCCCAGGCACUCCCAAGUCCCUCAUCCCUGGCCCCUCGGACCCUGGCCCAACUACAAACCGAACAGAGAGCCCUGUGGGAGCCCUGCAGCCAGAUGAAGCCGAGGAGUGGCCGGGGCGCCCCCAAAGCCAUCCCCCAGCACCCCCUGUCCAGGCCCCCUCGACGUCACGCCGGGGCCUCAUUCGGGUCACCACGCAGCGCGCCCUGGGCCAGCCACCCCCUCCAGAGCCCUCUGCCAGCUCCAUGGCACCAGCCCCAGCCUCCAGUCCCCCGGCCAACGCCACCGCACCCCCUUUGCGCUGGGGUCCUCUGCGGCGGGUUCUGAGCUUUUCCUGGGAGCUGCACGUCUAUGGGGUGGGGGUGCUAUUCCUGCUGCCCGCGUUGUUGGCACUGGCCUCGCUGGCAGCCGCCCCUGGGGGACCUCGGCUGGCACUGGUGGCGGCGGUGCUGGUGCUGGUGGCGUCCGGGCUGCGUUCCGCCUACAUGCUCACCGACCCAUAUGGCUCGCAGGCACGGCUGGGUUUACGUGCUGGCCUGGUGCUCUACAAUCUGCCUUUCCCCUUGCUACUCACUGCGCUGGCAGCCCUGACCCUGCUCGGCCUGGGCGCGGGGCUGCCACAGCAGCUGCAGAACCCCAUCCUCCUGGGAGCGCUAGCGUUGGUACACGGUGUGGGGCUGCUCACUACAGACCUGCUGUCAGCAAGGCCUGCGCUCAACCUCCUGGUUCAGGGCUUAUCCUGCGCCUGGGGCGCGGCUGUGGCUCUAGGCACGCUCUGCUUGUGCCGUCGCCGCCUGCUGGACGGGCCGAGGGGCUGGGAUGCCAGCCCCGGUCCUAGGCUGCUGGCCGUGGCUGGCGCGCUGGGGCUGCUGGCCAGCGGCUUGCAGCUGGCGGCCUCGCUCUGGCUGUACCCUGGCCCGGGACGGGUGGGUCGCUUCUCGUGGGCCUGGUGGGGUGUCCACUUCUGGCUGCGCCUGCUGGAGUUGACGUGGGCGCUCGCCCUGGCGCUGGCCGCCUUGGCUGCUGCACGGCCCAGGCCUCCCACGGAGCACGCUUGCUGGGCUAAGUUGCUGCGCCUGGCAUGCCCCACGCCCUCGAGCAAGAGCGAAGUGCCGGAGCGCCCCAACAAUUGCUAUGCUGGGCCCAGUGGCGUUGGCGCUGGUACCUUGGAUAUUAGCAAGAGCCUCAUCCGCAACCCGGCGGAAGGUGGGAUGCCGGCCACGCCCAGUUCAGGCGCCUGGGGUUCGGCUGCGUCUCUGGGCCGCGGUCCCCAGGGUGGCCCAAGACUGUCCCGCAGCAGUGUGGGGCCAGCGCCGUCGAUGAGCGAGCUGGACCUGCGGCCGCCAUCACCCAUCAACCUGAGCCGAAGCAUCGACGCCGCGCUCUUCCGAGAGCACUUGGUGCGUGACAGCGUCUUCCAACGCUGCGGCCUGCGCGGCCUAUCCUCUCCGCCUGGGGGCGCGCUGCGGCCACGCCGGGGCAGCCACCCCGACGCCGAGCUCGAGGGAGCGGGCACUUCGCUCCUACGCGGCCGCUGCCGUUCUCUCAGCGACGUGCGCCUGCGCGGGCCGGUCCCACAGCACGUAGUGGACGAGCCUGAUGGGGCGGUUUCCGGCAGCUCUGUGGACAGCUUCUCACGCGGCUCACUCAAAAUCAGCUGGAACCCAUGGCGCCAUGGGCUGUCGUCGGUGGAUAGUCUGCCCCUGGAUGAGCUGCCCAGCACAGUGCAGCUACUGUCUGCCCCAGUUCCUGCCCCUGCUCCCGCCCGGCCCGGGGAGCCCCAGAGUGGGGUCCAGCCUCGCUGCAAGCCCGGGGACUCCCACAGCGCCUCCAGUGACACCAUUGAGCUCUGAGGAGGCCAGAAACUCAGGACCAGAGCCUCAAUGGCCUUACCGCGCACCGCAUGACCGACUGGGACAGUAGAGCAUUUGAAAAACAUUUUGGGAGUAUUCCUGGGCCUCCACUUGAUUGCAGCUUCGAGACAGCCGGCCGUGAACCCAUCUCCCACACGUGCCGGAUUUUUUUUUUUUUUUUUAAUUAUCUGUUUUUCAGCGGGUAUUUUGCACAAAGGCUGUGACUUACACGGAAUACAGGGUGGACAUGCAUGGAUUUGGGAAUGGGGAACCGGGUCCAGGUUCCCCAGACACCCCCUCCAGACUCCUCCAGUGUAGAGGUGAGGCUCGCUUGUCCAGACUGUCCUCUUUGUGCCAAAGAAAUAAACCCUUAGGACUUGGCUCACA